UCCCACAGCAUGGCUUGAUAGGCGACGGGUAGGUCUGCGCCCUGUAUCGGGACUGGUGAACUCUGGCUGCUGAAGCGGAGCAUGAGAACUUGCCUGCUGCACCACCAGGCUGGUCCCUGUAGUUAAGUUUUUUAAAUACCAUUUUAAUGAAAGCAUAUGUUCAUCAUAUGGAGGUACUGUAAUUAAUUAAAUCAACUCCCUAUUGUUAACAUUUUGAUUUUUUUCAAUUUUUGGUUAUUUCAGUAAUGUUGGUCUGAGUAUCAUGAUUGAUCUCUCUGAUUAUUUCCUUAGAGUAAAUUCUAAAUGAUGGAAUCAAAAGCCAUUCAGAUGCGUUUUUAAAAUCUCAUUUUCACAUAUCUUCUUAUUGCUUUUCCUCACCAGAAGGAAAAUUAAGGUUUCUGAAGGAUCUGUUGCAUUCCACGUCCUCUCUCUUAUUUCAGAGGUUCUCAAACUUUAAUGUGUGUAAGAGUCACCUGGGGAGCUUGUUAAAAAUUCAUUUUCCUGAGUCCCAGGCGCAGCCGUUCUGACCUGUCAGCUCUGGAGUAGGGCCAGUCUGCAACUUUAACAGAUGCCCAUCUGUGUUUGAUAUUGGUGCUCUUGGAACCACACUUUGAAAAAUGCUUUUUAAAUAAAUAGCAAAACCCACUCGGAAAUUUAGGUCACUUGCCCAAAGCCAUUCAUACAUCUGGUAACGAGAUUUGAACUCAGCUGUGGGUGACUUCAGAGCCCCUGUUUUUUAUGUUACCUCAGACCUCGUCAAACCUUCUCAUUGAUGUGCCCCUCAUGACUGCAGCAAGGGAACCCCGACUGACCCUACUGCAGGGUUCCCUGGCCUAGCUGAAAAUGACAGUUUGUUGGAGCAGAACCACUGAACAAAAGCAGGCAUUGCAUCUUCAGUCAUCUUCAAGUUUGCAAUCAGAUUGGAAGAGUGUAACUUGAAGCUUCCUGCCUACAGUGAGGCCGAGAGAUAGCUGUCGCUCACGUAAUAAAAGACAUGGGCUGCAGCGUGACUUUCCACCUUUCUUACAAAUUCCGGUUACUGUUGCUUCUUACCUUAUGCCUGAUGGUGGUUGGGUGGGCCACCAGCAACUACUUUGUAGCUGCUCUUCAAGAGAUUCCUAAAGCAAAGGAUUUCAUGGCUAAUUUCAACAACCCUCUCGUUUUGGAGAAGAAACAAACUCUGACCAAUGAAGCAUCCACGACAACCGCAAACCUUGACAACUGCCCUUCCAUGUCUCCAUACCUCAGAGGCCAGAACAAGCUCUUUUUCAAACCGGAUCUCACCCUGGAAGAAGUGCAGGCAGAAAACCCCAACGUGCGCAGAGGCCGCUAUCACCCCGAGGAGUGUCGGGCUCUGCAGCGGGUGGCCAUCCUCAUUCCACACCGGAACAGGGAGAAGCACCUGAUGUACCUGCUGGAACACCUGCAUCCCUUCUUGCAGCGGCAGCAGCUGGAGUACGGCAUCUACGUCAUCCACCAGGCUGGAAGUAAAAAGUUUAAUCGAGCCAAACUCUUGAAUGUGGGCUAUCUAGAAGCUCUCAAGGAUGAAAAUUGGGACUGCUUUAUAUUCCACGACGUGGAUCUGGUGCCGGAGAAUGACCUGAACCUUUACAAGUGUGAGGAUCAGCCCAAGCAUCUGGUGGUUGGCAGGAACAGCACUGGGUACAGGUUACGUUACAGCGGAUAUUUUGGGGGUGUUACUGCCCUAAGCAGAGAACAAUUUUUCAAGGUGAAUGGAUUCUCUAACAACUACUGGGGAUGGGGAGGCGAAGACGAUGACCUCAGACUCAGGGUUCAGCUUCAUAGAAUGAAAAUAAUCCGGCCAAUGCCUGAAGUGGGUAAAUACACGAUGAUCUUCCAUACCAGAGACCAAGGCAAUGAGGUGAACAUAGAGCGGAUGAAGCUCUUACAUCAGGUGUCACGAGUCUGGAGAACAGAUGGGUUGAGCAGUUGUGUUUAUAAAUUACUCUCUGUGGAUUAUAAUCCUCUAUAUAUCAACAUCACAGUGGAUUUCUGGUCUGGCCCAUGACCCUGGAUUGUCUGGUGAUGUUUGGAAGAAUAUUUGAUUGCAAUAAUUUUGGCCUAGAGACUUCACCUAGUAGCACACAUUAAGAACUUGUUGGAGCUAAUUGUUGAGUUGAAUUUUUCCUUUUUGUAUUUUCUUAGCAGAGCUCCUGGUGAUAAGGAAUGUAAAACAAUGGUAGCAAGACAGCAUUCUUAGUUGUUUUGAUCAUGAGCCUUAAAUGUUAUGGAUACUUGAAGGACUAAGUAUAAAAGGACUAUUCAAAAGAUAUGAUGAAGGCUACUUGAGAACUCUGAUUGAGGGAGGUUUAUUUAAGUUUGAAGUGAUACAUUAUGGGAUAAAAAAGGCCACGGAGAGUAAGAUUGGUGACUGUCCCAGAGAACCAGAAUUGUUCUCAUCCAAGUGAGAAAGGUACGAAGAUAUAUUUCUAUUACUCGUUUAUCCUGCGUGGUCAUCUGUACAGAGGUGGGUCCCAGAUGAGGAGACGGCCACAGAAGUGGGGAGAAAGGUGAAGAAUCAAGGUGCAGUGAACUUGGGGAUGAAGGGGUGGCGGGACGACAGUGUCAGAUGGAGAGGCAGCCGCCGUCGUGCUGGCUGCUGCUGCUGCUGCUACUCUGCAGUGGGUGUCACGUGCCCGGUACGCCUUCCAGGAGUAGCCCAGCAGACAACACAUUAUCUACUAGUUUUUUAAGCAAUUUUGUAAAAUGAUUUUGUACGUGUAGGAUACGAAUUAACAGUUUACAAAUUACAUAUUAUGUAAUAAUACACUGAAAUUACCUCCGUAGUAAAAUACGAAAAUGCU